AUGCGCAAAUUAUCUCUUUAUCGAGUGUAUGGUUGUUCAACUGUUCAUCGUAAUAGCAUCAUUGGUUUACCAGAUAAUCGUGUUGCUUUUCUAGCUGGUUCGUAUUUAGUUAUACAUGAUUGUUUAACAAAUGAACAACGUUAUUUAUCUUUUUCUGCUAUUGAAUUUCUUUAUAUAUCAACAAGUGGUUUAUUAAUGGGUAUAAUAGAUCGUUUUACACAAAAUGGAGAUACACGUAUACAUAUAUAUUCAACAAAACCAGUCGAUUUAUUAUGUACUAUCGAACCAGAUCGAUUCGGAAGUUUUAUUGGAAUAACAAUCAAUAAAAAUGAUAAUUUACUUAUGAUUUUGCAUAAUGAACCAGCUUAUAUGAUUACAAUUCAAGAAAUGCAAAUUGAAUCCGAUGAACAACACCGAUUCAAUAUGACUGAUUUAGCUUCAGUACGUGUUGUUCAUGGAUUUGUUUUUAAUCGAAUGAUAAAAAAAGAAAUUAUACCUCAUGUAGCAUUUAUUAGUUUUUGUCCAUAUUCAUUAAAUCUUUUUUGUGCAACUGGUUCAGCAUUAUUUAAAAUUUAUGAAAUUGAUAAUCAAAAUGUUAAUCAACAAACUAUUCAUUUUCGAGCAGAAUUUUAUAUAUUUACAUGUCAUUGUUGGCUUGAUGUCAAUAGUAUUUUAACAGCUACUAAUCAUGGACAUAUAUUUUGGAUUCAAGAUGGUUCUAUUCGUUCAGAUAUUAAUCUUGAAGAAUCGAUCACUGUUGAUUUACAUUUCUUAAAAAAGAAUAUAUCCAAUGAAAAUUCGAUUCUAUUCUUUCUAGAUCCGAUUGAAAUGUUAAAAGAUGAUUUAUUUACUAGUACUAAUAAUACUAAUAUAAAUAGUCUAGCAAUGAUUACUGAAAAACAAUCGAAAAUUCAUUUGGAUAACUCACCAAAAAGCAAUCAAAUAUCAGAAGAAAUUAUUUUAUAUCUUGAUAUUUUUACAUCGAAUGAAAUAUUACCAUGUUUUAUAGUUUCAUUUCGAGAAUACAUACUUGUAUUUACUCCAAUCACUGUUGAGCCAUUCUUUCAAAUAAUAGCACGUUAUUGUCUUCAAAAAACAAAAGAACAUCAAAUUGAUUUUGAAAUACAUAAUAUUUAUAAAAUGUCAUAUAUAUUCGAUAAUAAUUUUUCAUUAAUUUAUCUCUUAACUGAUCGUAAUCAUAUAUUUCGUUAUAAAAUUAAUCAAUCAAAUAAUAAUAAUAAUAUUGAAUUGAAUGAAAAACAUAUUUAUGGUUUUCAUGCAUAUAAUAUUUUAUCUAUUGGUUUAUGUGCUCAUAAAUCUUGGUUAAUAACUCUUGGUGGUGAUAAUUCAAUAAAAAUAUUUGAUUAUAAAGAUAAUAAUCGAGAGAUUAUAUCAAAAUAUAUUUCCGAUAGUGUAUAUGUAGUUACAGGAUCUGAUCCAUAUGGUUUUCAUAUAUGUCUAGCAAUGAAUAAUUGUUUUCAAUUAUAUUUAAUAACAAAUUAUGAAUUACAUAUGAUACAUCAAUAUGAUACACGUAGUAUACGAGAUUUAGAAAUGAGUCAAUCAGGACAUUUAAUAGCUGUUAUAACAAAUAAUUUAAUAAAAAUUUAUUCAACAAUUCAUUUUAAUUUAAUAAGUCAAUUACGUGGUCAUGUUGGAAAAAUAAAACAAGUUCAAUGGUGUAAAAAUGAUUCAAUUCUUAUUAGUUGUGGAACAGAUGGAAUGAUUUAUAUAUUUAAUAUUUUUACUGGUAUGAGAGAAAGUGAAAUAAUAACAAAACAAUAUCGUUAUAUUGGUAUUGCUGUAACAAAUAAUUGCAAUCGUAUAUAUGCAAUAACAUCAGAUUCAAAUAUUAAAAUAUUUAAUAAUACAAAUCUUGAACAAGAAUGUCCAAUUGAAAAUGGUUUUAUUCCAUCAGCUAUUUGUUUAUCGAAAUCUGAACGUGUACUUUAUGUUGGUAUGACACAUGGUAUCAUUCGUGUAUAUACAAGUCCAUUGAAAUUUGAUAAUUAUAUUGAUUUAUCAGCACAUUAUUCAAGUAUACGUCGUUUAUUAGUAUCAUAUGAUGAUGAAUAUUUAGUAUCCAUAGCUGAAUCUGCUUAUAUACUUCUUUUUAAACAGACAAUAAAUAAUUUAAAUUCUGUUUCAAGUCAAUAUCAAUUUUCACAAUUAUCUAUAGAAAAUGUUGAAAUUAUUGAUGAACAAGAAAGAACACAAACAAUAUUUGAAUAUAUUUUAGUUACAAAAUCAGAAUUUGAUGAACGAAAAAGAAAAAUAAAAGAAAUUCAAACACGAAUUAAUGAAUUUGAAGCAGAAAAUAAUUUAAAAUUAAGUUCAAAACAACUAGCAUUUUCUAAACAUUUAAAUAAUUAUUCAAAUAAAUUUCAAACAAUGAUGAAACAACUUAUUCUUACAUAUGAACAAUUAAAAACUGAAAUUGCAAAUAAUAAUUGUAAUUUUAUCAAUCAAACAAAUGAAAUAGAAGAAAAAUAUAAAACACUUCAAAAUCAUACUGAAGUUAUCUAUGAAAAUAAAAUGCUAGAAACGCUUUCACAUAUUCAAAAUACACAAUCUCAAUUAGAAAAACUUAAAAUAGAAUAUGAAAAUAAAAUAAUUGAUUUUAAUAAUAAAGAACAUAUUAAUCUAACUGAAAUAGUCAACAAAAUGAAUGUAACACUUCAAUCAAAAUGGUGUUCAGCUAUUCAUAAUUAUGAAACAAUUCAAGAAAAAGAACGUCAAAUAAAUGAAUAUAUAAGACAAAUGGAAAUCGAUAUUGAUGAUGAAAUUGAAAAUGUUAAAAUUAAUUAUGAAAAAGAAUUGAAAUUUUUAAAUGAAUAUGCAAAACAACUUACUUUUACUGUGAGUACUCUUCGUAAACGUUACAAUGCUAUAAUCGAUCGAUUAGAAUCUCGUGAUAUCAAACGAAAUGAUAUUGAAAAAGAAGUUAAAGAAUUAUACAAUCGUCAAUCAGAAUUAAUUGAAAAACUUGAUCGUUUUCGUUUAAUUAUUAAAAAGAAAGAAGAUCGUAUUGGUACACAUGAUAUAAAAUUACAUCGUUUACAACAACAUAUAUUACAUGUUGAAAAACGUAAAUAUGUUCUUGAUUAUAAAACAAAAUCUUUAUUAGAACGUAUUGAACCAAUCGAUCAAGAAAUAAUAAGAUUAAAAACAAAUAAUCAAAAUAUUGAACAACAAUUAACAAUUCUUAAAAAACAACAAAAUGAUUUAAUUUUACGUGAAAAUGAAUAUGAAAUUAAAUUAAAUGAAUCAUCUAAACAAUUAAAUCUAGCAAAAAGAAAUCAUCAAUAUAUAUGGAAAAUAGUUCAACAACAAAAAGAACUAAUAAAAAAAGCAUUUGAAUAUAUUGAAAUCAAUUGUACAUUUGAUAUAACAAAUCCGAUUAAUAAUUCAAAAGAACAAUUUAAAAAAUUUAUUCAGGAUAUGUGUAAUACAAUACAAAAUGAACAACAAACUGAAAAUCAAUUAGAAAUACAAGGAUUUAUGAAAGAAUGGAAUAAUCAACGGAAAUGGUUACUUAAUCAAUUGAAUAAUCUAACAAAAUAUACUGAAGAAAAUAAACAAUCAUUUGUUAAUAUUCAACGUGAACAUCGUAAAGCUAUUGCACCAUUUAUAAAUCAACUUCGUGAAUUACAUAAUUUAUAUGAUGAUAUUCAAAAAAAAAUUCAAAAACGUUUAUUACAAUUAAAAAUUAAAACAAAUGAACAAACAGAAUUUUUACAAAAUAUAUCAGAUAUAUUACAUGGAAAUAAAAAGAUUCAUUUAAAAAUACAUAAAAUAUAUCAAAAUGAAUUAUUAAUUGAAACUCAAGAUAAAGAAAUAGAUCGUUUAAAUUCAAUUAUAUUUCGUUAUCAAUAUUCUACACCAUGUUUAGAAUAUAAUCAAAAAAAUUUUAUUCAUAAUAAUGAAAAUAAUACAACAAGAUCAACAAUUCCAUUAUCAUCAUCUAUAAGAACUAACGAUUAA